UAUCCGCCGCCUGUUGGUCUUUCACAGUUGGUGACGAGUAUUAUGAAAAUGGCCUCGACCCUUCCCGUAAGCGCGAAUAUCCAGAGAAGAUGACGACGCUGAGUCAGUUCAGCACCCAAGUGUCUUCUUUGAACACGUAGAAAAUAGUGAAGUUAACUAAAGGAGAGAGACUUGGCAAAGAAACGCCAAAAAAUACCCCAGACCACUGCAUAUUUUCGUUGGUCUGAGGAGCCACCAUGGAGGAUAUCAACUCUAAUAUCAACGCCGACUUGGAGGUGCGGAAGCUCCAGGACUUGGUGAAAAAACUCGAGCAACAAAACGAACAGCUUCGGAGUAGGUCUACGAUGUUGUCCUCGUCCGGAGCGAUGUCAGGGAACCACAGACCCCUCAGCGCCGGAUACGACCCGUCGUCCCUGUCAAUGGGAAUGGCAGCCGGUCUGGCCGGCUUCCCUGGGGUGGGGUUCGUCGGUACGGGCGGCUACGGUGGGGUUUUGGAAAAUAACCGUUGUUUGAGCCCCAGACUGUCUUACGACGGCAUCAGUUUCAGGAGGCCGUAUGAAUGUGAAGGGGCAUCUGCUGUCACCUCUAUGCCAAGUAUGAACUCACUUUACUCAGACACCACCGGCGGAUUUAUGGCUGAGGGGGAAACCUCAAUCCUAGAUGAAGUGGAAAUCUUAGAUCUCGAAGACAUGGAUUGCCUACAAGAAGACGAGGACAGCUGGUUAUAUGAGGCAAAAUUGAACAGUCCCCUGCAAAAAUCCUUGAGUCCUAUUGUGUGGUGCCGUCAAGCUUUGGACAACCCUAGCCCUGAGAUGGAGUCGGCCAAGCGCUCCCUCAUCCACAGACUGGACCUCACCAUGUCAGCCAACAAGCACAGGAGCCUGUAUGGAAGUCCCUACCUCCAGCAGGGUUAUGGGAGCCCCUAUAGCUCAAAUGCCGCUAACAGCCCUUACAGCAGUGGCUUCAACUCCCCCUCCUCAACCCCCUGCAGAGUGCCCAUUGUCAGACAGCAGCUAAUGCCCACUAACGCAGUACACCAGCGAAAUGCAGCAGCAGACAGGAAUCCUCCAGCUAUUAGUCCACAGUCAUCAGUGGACAGCGAGCUAAGCACAUCGGAGAUGGACGAAGACUCAGUGGGCUCCUCGACUACCUACAAACUCAAUGAUGUCACUGAUGUCCAGAUAAUGGCGCGCAUGCAGGAAGAAAGUUUGAGGCAGGAGUAUGCUGCGACGGCUUCCAGACGGAGCUCUGGCUCGUCCUGCCACUCACUGCGACGCAGCACUCUCAGUGACCAGGAUUUAGAUGCGCACAGUCUGGAGGACGAGGAGGAGGCGGUGCACCUGUCCUUUGCCUUGCCAUCCAACCGCUUUAGCCCCUCCCCUCGCCACUCCCCGCGCGCCUCACCCAGGAAUUCUCCCCGUUCACGCUCCCCAGCUCGUUCCAUUGAAUAUAGCCGCGGUUCGCCGCAGCCCAUCAUCAGCCGCCUGCAGCAGCCUCGUCACUCCCUGCAGGGCCACGACCUGCAGACCAACGUGGUGAAAAAUGAAGAAAAACUGCGUCGUAGUCUUCCCAACCUCACACGCUCGUCAGCGGCGGUGGCUGCAGCACAGACGCCAGAACCUGUGAAGAGCAGCCGCAGCUGCGAAUCCAACCUGCAAGUGCCAAACGGUGGCUCUCCUCGACACCAGAGCCAGUCUGCAACAGCAGCUCGUCUCCCGAGAUACUCCACCCCUUCUCGCUCAUCCCCGAAACCCAAACUGCUCCUCCAAAGCCCAUCUGCUCUGAGAGUCCCACUCUCCUGUUGCUUUGGAGAAGAAGGUGAUUUCAUCCCCUCUCCCAGUAAGCUGCGUACUCCUGCCACACCAUCUCCUCUGACUUUGAGGCAGCCGGUAAAAGCCACAUCCACCCCCAAUUCUGCCACCUCCACCCCCACCCGCUCCCUGGCCCCCCCUCGCAGCAGCCUGCCCCGACCCAGUGCCCCUGCAGGAGGAGGCAUCCCUCUCCCCCGCAGCAAACUGGCCCAGCCUGUGCGAAGAUCUCUUCCUGCUCCUCGUUCCUACAGCGGCACAGGUGACAACUGGAGGGAAGGUUGUUACUGAGGCAAGCCAGCAGGGGGCACUCUAGUCACAUUAUCAACACAAGGAGGCAACAAUACAACAUGGCACUUUAUAUACUUGGGUAACUUUUACAGCAAAGAGACAGAUUAAAUCCCCCAAAUAACAUACAAUUCAGAAUUUAAAAAAAAAAGGAAAGGACAUAGUCCACUUGUGUCAACAAGGGCCUCUCAUCGUGCUUCUCUGUGAGGGACUGGAUGUGGAGGGAUCAGGCAUGUAGUGCAGACAACCCAGAAAAUGCCAAAGAAACCAGACUGACUCCAGCUCCGCCAACAGAGGACACAUCAUCUGCCUUGCUUUGACUUUUGUCAUCUAUGAAACAGUCCACUUCUCCCCCCCGUCCCCUGUUCUUCUGUCACUUCCCUCAGGUUGAAAUGUUUCCACACAUUUCUCUCGUUAUGCUCUGUGUUUAACAGAAGUCUGUAAGCGAUCUCUAUGAUGAUGCCGUGCAGGUGAACUGUCCUGUGAUGUGUAGAGAAUUUUGAUGUCUUGAAACGGUGAAAGCACCUCUGUGUGGGUAUGACUUUAAAAAAAAAAAAAAAAAGAAGAAAAAACAUCUUUCUUCCUUGUAAAAUCAGCCAGAAUGUAUGCACAAGUUUGUUUUGGAAAUUAUUUAUUCAAAUUAUUUAAGAAGCGUAUGUCCAAACAUCCAUAUCAGUAUUUUUUUUUAAUUGCCAUUUAAAAUGUACGUUUUAAACCUCAACUUCAAGCUAACUCUCCAAAGCUUUUUUUUUUUUUUUGCCCAAAGUGUCCAGUCAUAGUCAGUGGUUAAAGGACGUUAAAUCUGAGUUUUAUUUGUUGUUGGACAGACUUCAUUUAUUGAAAAGAAGGAUGAACUGAUCACCCAGUCAGGUGAUGAAACCAAGGAAACCAUUAAAUUCCCAUAACAGCGUGUCAGUGUGAACCAGUCAUGCCAUGAAAAAUAAUAAUGAAAGUUGAAAAUUGUCUUGCUUCAGAUGGCUAGUUAAAUAAGUUUUAACUGGUUUUCACCUCUUGUGCUAUUAAUACGAAUCAAAAGGCAUACCAGUGUUAGGGAAGGUGUUCUGGUACUUGCUGUGGUGGGUGUCUUCAACUAGUGCCUAUAAUUUAAAGUUUCACUGUGUUUGUAUUUUCAUUUUGUGCCAAUUUCUGACUUUGCCAAUGUUUUCAGUUUCAUAUCUAUGCUUGCCUUUUUUUGUUUUUGUAGCUGAAUCAACACAUUUAAAAUUGCUUUAAAAAAAAUGUUUAUUCGCUUUUGUAUUUAUGAGAAAUGACGCAUUCUGUAAAUGAAACUAUUUAUUAAGGAGAGAGGUGCCUCUGUCAAAGCUCAGAUUCAGCGGGAAACCAGGAUGAAUGUUGCAAAAAGACAUAUACCACACAUUUUGUGUGAACAUUUUUAUCAAACUUUCUUUUAUAUCCACAAACAUUCGGUUUCCCUGUGUAAAAUCACAUUUCAGAUUAAAACUAAAAAGUUAUUGUC